CCUAAAGCUAAUUAACUAAUAACUUGAACUUGGUCAGAGCUUCCCAGAUCUUGUACUUUUCGCUCCCAGAAUCAACCCUCUUUUUCCUCAGGCUUCCCACCAAAAUGACAUUUCUUUCCUCUCUCGGAAGAGCGUCUCGAUCUUCCCCACUUGCAUCUAAGCUCCUUCUUCUUGGCACUCUCAGCGGCGGGAGUUUAGUGGCGUACUCAGAUUCUAACGCAGAAGCGAACAAAACGCAGCAGCAGCAGAAGAAGAAAGUGGUCGUACUCGGCACUGGAUGGGCUGGAAUAAGCUUCCUUAAAGAUCUUGACAUAUCUUCCUACGAUGUUCAGGUUGUUUCUCCGCAGAACUACUUUGCCUUUACGCCAUUGUUACCCAGUGUCACUUGUGGAACUGUUGAAGCUAGAAGCAUUGUUGAGUCUGUCCGUAAUAUAACAAAGAAGAAAAAUGGGGAAAUUGAAUUGUGGGAAGCAGAUUGUGUUAAGAUCGAUCCACCCAACAACAAGGUUCAAUGUCAACCAGUUUUCAAGGAUGAUCCUGAAGCAAGCCAAGAGUUUUCCCUUGAAUAUGACUACUUGAUCAUAGCAGUGGGAGCACAAGUCAACACAUUUGGCACUCCUGGUGUUCUUGAGAACUGCCAUUUUCUUAAGGAAGUAGAGGAUGCACAGAGGAUUCGUAGAGGAGUGAUCGAUUGCUUUGAAAAAGCAGUGCUUCCUGGUCUCACUGAGGAACAAAGAAGGACAAAGCUUCAUUUCGUUAUUGUGGGAGGAGGUCCUACUGGUGUGGAGUUUGCAGCUGAGCUACAUGACUUUAUUAUAGAGGAUGUCACCAAAAUAUACCCUUCAGUUAAAGAUCUCGUGAAAAUAACACUCAUUCAAUCUGGAGAUCAUAUUUUGAAUACGUUUGAUGAACGAAUCAGUUCGUUUGCAGAAGAAAAGUUCUUGCGAGACGGUAUUGAUGUUCAAACGGGAAUGCGUGUGAUGUCUGUAUCUGAUAAAGAUAUAUCUGUGAAAAUCAAAUCAAGUGGAGAAGUCGUGCGUAUUCCUCAUGGAUUCAUAUUGUGGUCCACUGGAGUUGGAACUCGUCCAGUAAUCAGUGACCUCAUGGAGCAAGUUGGCCAAGGAGGCAGACGAGCCUUGGCUACCAACGAGUGGUUACUGGUGAAAGGAUGUGAGAAUGUGUAUGCUCUUGGAGAUUGUGCUUCCAUAGCUCAACGCAAAAUCAUGGAGGAUAUUGCGAAUAUAUUUAAAGCUGCAGAUGUGGAUAACUCAGGAACCUUGACCGUGGAAGAAUUACAAGACGUGGUUGAUGAUAUCCUUGUGAGGUAUCCGCAGGUUGAGCUCUACCUGAAAAGCAAGCAUAUGAGGAAUAUAAAAGAUCUGCUGGCAGAUUCGGAAGGAAAUGCAAAGAAAGAAGUAGACAUCGAGGAAUUCAAAUUGGCUCUCGCUGGGGUUGAUUCACAGAUGAAGAGCCUGCCUGCAACUGCUCAGGUUGCUGCCCAGCAAGGUUCUUAUCUUGCAAAAUGCUUCAACAGGAUGGAGCAUUGUAAAGAGAAUCCAGAAGGUCCUAAGCGCUUCAGAAGUGGCGGGCAUCACCAGUUUCGCCCCUUCCAGUACAAGCACUUUGGACAAUUUGCUCCAUUGGGAGGAGACCAAGCAGCUGCGGAACUACCUGGAGACUGGGUUUCAGCUGGAAAAAGCACCCAGUGGCUCUGGUAUUCUGUUUAUGCCAGCAAGCAAGUUAGCUGGCGAACAAGAGCUCUGGUGGUGUCGGACUGGACAAGGAGGUACAUAUUCGGGAGGGAUUCAAGCCGCAUCUGAAGCCAAUACUGCAUUUUGUAAUGUGUUCGUGAGAUUGUUGUCUUCAGGGGAAACCAAGAUUCAGUGUCUCUCUUUGUUGUGUGUUUUUGUUGUACAGUCCAUAAAACUGUGUACUCCGUGUGAUUAUAAUAUAACAUUCUUAUUUGUGAGCGACAAAACAAAACUUUUU